ACUAGGAGUAAAGUUAAAUAGAAGAAUAGAGAAAUAUUUAGUAGUUAGAAAAUGGCGUCUUGUAGCAUGUCGAUGAUAAAAUAUUUGCUGUUUGCUUUUAACUUCUUGUUUGUAAUUUCUGGUAUUGGUCUCAUAGUUGCUGGAGCAUUGUCUUUAAAAAACAUCACAAAGUAUGCAGAUUUCAUGGAUGACAAGAAUACAACUUCACCUACCAUGCUUAUUACAGUUGGUUCCAUUGUUUUUGUCCUUGCCUUCCUUGGAUGUUGUGGUGCCUGGAAAGAUAGCUAUUGGAUGCUUAUGACAUUUGCUGUUUUGCUUGCCAUCAUAUUUGCCUUGGAGCUAGCAGCAGGUAUAGCAGCCUAUGUUUACAGGAAAGAUGUAGGAAAAUCAUUCACGGAAGGCAUGGAGGAUGACCUAAAACAAAAUGAAACUAACAGUGGUUGGGAUAAGAUUCAAACAGAUGUAUGAAUUCUAUGUUUUG